GUGAGUUUGAGAUGGGAGGACCUGAAGGAAUUGUGGAAUCUGUACAAAUUGUUAAAGAAGGAAAAGCUUCUGAAACUGAAGCAGUAGACUGUAAAUGGUACAUCCGAGCACCACCCCGAUCCAAGAUCUAUUUACGAUUCUUGGACUACGAGAUGCAGAAUUCCAACGAAUGCAAAAGGAAUUUUGUAGCAGUCUAUGACGGAAGCAGCUCCGUGGAGGAUUUGAAAGCAAAGUUUUGCAGCACAGUUGCUAAUGAUGUGAUGCUGAGGACAGGUCUGGGUGUAAUCCGCAUGUGGGCAGAUGAAGGCAGUCGAAACAGCCGAUUCCAGAUGCUCUUCACAUCUUUCCAAGAACCCCCUUGUGAAGCCAACACAUUCUUUUGCCACAGUAAUAUGUGUAUAAAUAAUACACUGGUCUGCAAUGGACUCCAGAACUGUGUGUAUCCCUGGGAUGAAAACCACUGCAAAGAAAAAAGAAAAGCAAACUUGUUGGACCAACUUACCAAUACCAGUGGGACUAUAAUUGGGGUGACUUCUUGCAUUGUGAUCAUCCUCAUUGUUAUCUCUAUUAUAGUACAGAUCAAGCAGCCUCGUAAAAAAUUUGUCCAAAAGAAAUCAGACUUUGAUCAAACAGUGUUCCAGGAGGUGUUUGAGCCUCCUCAUUAUGAGUUAUGCACCCUUAGAGGGACAGGGACUACAGCUGACCUUGCUGACGUUGCAGAUGACUUUGAAAAUUACCAUAAACUGCGGAGAUCCUCUUCAAAAUGCAUUCAUGACCAUCACUGUGGAUCACAAGUGUCUAGUAUUAAGGGCAGCCGUAGUAACCUCAGCACAAGAGAUGCUUCUGUCUUGACAGAAAUACAACCCCAGCCUGUAAAACCACUUGUUCAGCCCAUGAACAGGAGAAAUAUCCUUGUCAUGAAGCAUAGCUACUCACAAGAUGCUGCAGAUGCGUGCGAGAUAGACGAAAUUGAAGAGGUGCCAACCACAAGUCACAGGCUAUCCAGACAUGAUAAAGCUGUUCAGCGGUUCUGCCUCAUUGGGUCUCUAAGCAAACAUGAGUCUGAGUACAACACAACUAGGGUCUAAGAGAAAAACCUGAGACUGCUUGAGAAUAGUGCGCUCCUGGGUGAUUUUGAACAUGCUACAAUGAAAUGUGAACUGUCGUCCUUGGAAACACCAGCUAGAGGUUUUAUGGACUCUGACCAGCUAUUCUCUUAUCAUGAAAAAAUUCAGCAGCGUUGAGUAAAAUUACUAGAAGGCAAUAAGACUUUGGUUAUUAUGCUUAUCAGUCAUUUCUCUUUUUCUUUUUCUCUCUUCUUUUUGUUGCAAGUAAAAUUCCCAGUUUCAGGAACAAUUUAUUGAAAUCAGGUAUUUAGCCAUUCAUAAUCACUUCAAUAGAAACAUUUGUUGGAUAUGCAUCUAGCAAUAUGACUGAAUUUGACAUCGAGAAAUUAAACUGCAUGUAUGUUACUGGAUAUUUGAGUUGGCAAAAAUCCCUUUAUUAGAUACAUUGUAAAAAGCAUGCAUUCACAGUUAUUGCUGUUACUGUUCCAUUUCUGUGUCAUAUGCUUGCUACUUGUAACUUUUAUAUAAAAAUACAUAAAACAAUGUAUAAUAAUUUCAUACCUUGAGUUUAAUGCAAUGUUUUCUUUUACCUAAUUUACUAAUCCUGUGUAAUUCAGGAGAUUAAGGUCAAAAAGUAGUUUCUAGGAAC